CCUUGAAUACACGUCGUACGCUAUAUUAGAAUUGCCACACUCCAAACCCUGUAAGACCUCAGGAGAAUGGCCUCAGUAUCGCCGGCAAUGGAGUCCCUGAUCCUCCAACUCCACGACAUUGCCGCCGUGAAGUUCGGCAACUUCAAGCUCAAAUCCGGCAUAUCCUCCCCAAUCUACAUCGACCUCCGUCUCAUCAUCUCCUACCCAACUCUUCUCCGCCAGAUCUCCCAAACUCUAAUCUCUUCCCUUCCAUCAGCCACCCACUAUGACGUUGUCUGUGGCGUUCCCUACACCGCCCUCCCCAUCGCCACCUGCGUCUCCACCGCCGACAAUGUUCCCAUGGUCAUGCGCCGCAAGGAAAUCAAAGACUACGGCACUGCCAAGGCCAUCGAAGGCGCUUUUAGUGAAGAUCAGAUUUGUUUGAUUAUUGAAGAUUUGGUUACUAGUGGCACGUCGGUCCUUGAAACAGCCGCUCCGCUUCGUGCCGCCGGGCUCAAGGUCACCGAUGCGGUGGUGAUGAUUGACAGGGAACAAGGUGGAAGGGAAAACUUGGCGAAGAAUGGAAUUACAUUGCAUGCGAUAGUGAAAUUAAGUGAAAUGGUGAGGAUUUUGAAAGAGAAAGGGAGGGUUUCGGAGGAGACAGAGAAAAUGGUGAAGAAGUUCUUGGAGGAGAAUCGGAUGGUGGAAGUGGUGAAGGUUGCAGAGAAGGAGAAAGUUAGGGUUAGGGUUCCAUAUGGGGAGAGGGCAAAGGUGGCAAAAAAUCCUACAGGGAAGAGGCUGUUUGAGAUAAUGGUGCAGAAGGAGAGUAAUUUGUGCUUGGCUGCUGAUGUUGGUACAGCUGCUGAGUUGCUUGACAUUGCUGACAAGGUUGGACCUGAGAUCUGCAUGUUGAAAACCCAUGUGGAUAUAUUGCCUGAUUUCACCCCAGAUUUUGGUUCAAAACUUCGAUCGAUUGCAGAAAAGCAUAAUUUCUUAGUAUUUGAAGAUCGUAAGUUUGCUGACAUUGGUAACACGGUGACAAUGCAGUACGAAGGAGGUAUCUUCCGUAUAUUGGAUUGGGCAGAUAUAGUCAAUGCUCACAUUAUUUCAGGUCCAGGAAUUGUGGAUGGUCUGAAAUUGAAGGGUUUGCCUCAUGGUAGGGGACUACUUUUGCUUGCUGAAAUGAGCUCCUCUGGUAACCUUGCCAAGGGAGACUACACAGCAGCAGCAUUGAAAAUUGCUGAGGAUCAUUCAGAUUUUGUCAUUGGCUUCAUCUCUGUUAAUCCAGCUUCGUGGCCAGGUGGACCAGGAAAUCCAGCCUUUAUUCAUGCAACCCCUGGUGUUCAAUUGGUAAAAGGUGGAGAUGCUCUAGGCCAGCAGUAUAACACCCCUUCUUCUGUCAUUUCUGAUAGAGGUAGCGACAUCAUAAUUGUUGGCCGAGGAAUUAUAAAGGCGGCAAACCCUGCAGAGGCAGCUCGUGAGUACCGGCUUCAAGGAUGGGAUGCAUAUUCAGUUAAUUGCUACUAAUAUUAUGACAAGUCCCAUACCUCAGCCUGCCUGCUUCUAAUCACAUGUUUUAGCCGUUGAAUUUUUGGGCGAAGUUUUAUGAUAAAUUAACUGCGUUGCAGUGUUUUUGUCUCGGCUUAUGAGAAUAAACAUUUGUUACAAUCAUUAAUCAUGAUUGUAACAAACAAAUGGUUGGUAAUUAAAUCCUUCUAUUUUCACAAUGUGUAUAUGUAUUCUGUUUACAUGGUGUUCUGUUAUUAUUGGUUAUUAAUACGUGCUAUGUAUCAUUGUUAUAUUCAAUAACCUUGCCAUGUGAACGACCAGUUGUUAUUUAUCAAAACAAAAAAAACCUACCGGUUGUCGUUGUUAAAG